CACGUUGAGGUCCUUGAGGUGUUGAACUUUGGUAGAUUAUGGCCCACUUUUCUCCAGUUUCAUUGAUUCAUGAGUCCCAGCCAACCUGCAACUGCAACUGAUAAAGAGAAGCUCGAGCUUGACCUGCAGGUGUAACACAACAAGUUCUAUUAAAAUCUAGUCUUUUAAAAGAGCUUGAAAAGUGAAAGAGUGUUGCAGAGAGCAGCAGAGGAUUCCAGCAAUCUUUCCCCCAGGCAGUCUCUUCAUAGUCUGAUCAAACAGAGUAAUGAUAAAUUGAAGAAUAUCUUACAUGGCAUAUAGUCAAGGGCGUGAUUUCUUAUUCUGUGACAUGUGUGGAACAUUGCUUUCUUUGGAGUCACAUACGCUUGCUAAGUGUCCAUUAUGUGGAUGCAAGCGCGGCGCAGAAGAUAUUAUUAACAAAGAAACAUCCUACACAGUAACUGCUGAGGAUAUAAGAAGGGAGCUUGGCAUUGAACCCUUCGUGCAACUGGAUGGGAUUAGCUCUGACGAGGGAACAGUGCAAAGAGCUGUGGUAAAUGAACCAUGUCCACGCUGCCGGCAUCCACAACUUGAAUAUUACACUAAACAGCUACGGUCAGCAGAUGAAGGGCAGACUGUUUUCUAUGAGUGCCCUAAGUGCAGGCAUAAAUUUUCUAUCAAUACAUGAGCGAGCGUUCACUGUGGUUUCA